UACUUGGAAGUUGCGAAUGGGCGGCGGACCACGGUCGUGGUGGUCACCACGCACGCCAUCUACGAGGGAGACGAGAUUACCGUGGACUACGGACCGGAUCUUUGGUUCGUGUGCCGCUGUGGCCACGCGAAUUGCCGCCACUGCGACAUCCAAGACGAGCAAGACCCGUAG